AUGGAGCGGUCCGGCAUGGAGCGGCACAGCUCGGGGUCUGACUGCUCGGAUUCCGAGGACUCCUCGCUGUCGGACUCGGAGGUGAGCCCGUCCCUACACCCGCUCCAAGAGGCCUUCGCCAAGGGAGAGCUGAAACCGGGGCUCAACGUGGUGCUGGAGGGGCAGCCGAAGAAGCACAACGAUGUGGUGAGGGGCGGCCGACGGGACGGGACGGGGGGGAGCGGGGAUGGAGCUGCAUUGAGGCCUGAAAGGGAUGGUUUGAAGCAGUGCCUGUCCGAUUUCAAGCAGCAACUGGCUUGGGUGGAAAGGCUGGAUGUGACGCUGGAUCCAAUUGCGGAUGCUGUGGAGUCUGUCUCACAAAGCGAUGCUAACAAAGAUGCUGUUGAUCCUGAGAAUGAUUUCCAGAGGGAGAUGAGUUUUUACAGGCAGGCACAGGCAGCAGUGCUGGAGGCCUUACCAAGGCUGCGUAAGCUCCAUGUUCCCACCAGAAGGCCGGAUGAUUACUUUGCAGAGAUGGCCAAAUCAGACCAGCAGAUGCAGAAGAUUCGGCAGAAGCUUAAGAGUAAGCAGGAAGCCAUGGAGAAGUCUGAGAAAGCGAAACAGCUCCGUGCAAUGAGAAAAUAUGGCAAGAAGGUACAAAUAGAGAUUCUACAGAGGAGGCAAAAGGAGAAAAAAAAUAUGUUAAAUGCAGUCAAGAAGUAUCAGAAAGGUCUCACUGACAAGCUGGAUUUUCUGGAUGAAGAACAGACUUCAUCUCAGGGGAAUAAGAAAGGCGGUGCAAAUCGGCGAGUGAAGAAAGGACCAAAUGCCAAAAGACGAUACAAGGAUCAGAAGUUUGGUUUUGGUGGAAAGAAAAAGGGCUCGAAGUGGAACACAAAGGACAGCUUUAAUGAUGUAUCCAGCUUCAAGUCAAAAGUGGCUCACAACAAAGGCCCAAGAAAAGGAGGAAAGAAAGCUGCCAAUAAGAGACCUGGGAAGAGAGCACGGCAGAAAAUGAAGAGCCGAGCAGGCUGA